GUUUAUUAAUUAUAAUUAUUAUAAUAUCAUGUUUAUUAAUUUCUUUAGAUAUGUGACCCGAAUCUUAAGAUCUUGAACGUGAAUGCCAGAUUUCCUGGAGCUAGACAUGAUGCAUAUAUUUGGAGUGUUUCUGCUGCGCGUGCUGUUAUGGAGCGUGCAUAUAAUCGUGGCGAAAGAAGAACAUAUCUCAUUGGUGAUUCAGGAUAUCCAUUAGAGCCCUGGUUACUAACUCCUUUGCCUAAUGAACCUGUUGGAACUCCACGAUUCUUGUACAAUGAGGCAUUAUGCAGUGCAAGAAAUUGUGUGGAACGAUUAUUUGGAGUACUUAAAAGCACGUGGCGAUGUCUUUCUAAGCACAGAGUCUUACAAUAUGAACCUGGUUUUGCAGGAAGAGUUGUAAAUGCGUGUACGGUUCUUCACAAUAUGCGAAUUGCUGCUGGUAUAAAUGAUCCGUUAGAAGAUUACGCAAACGUAAAUGUACCCAAUAUUUACAUUGACGAUAAUGAUGACGAUAAUAAUAAUCUGCGACCACUUGCACUCGCGCGUCGAAUUCAAGAUCGCCUCAUUGCAGAAAGAUUUGGAAGAUAAUUAGACUUUAUUAUAAAUUGUACUUUACUUUUACUUUUUAUACUAUUAACUUUAUUUUAGUAUACCAUUUAUUGUAUUUGCUUUUCAAAUACAAUAAAUGGUAUAUAUAUUUAAAAC